AUUUAGAACAAUUAAAAUGAUCACUUACCGAACCAAGCAAGUAACAAGAUCUCCGAUCAAGUAGACAUUUAAAAUAUGGACUUUAAUGGUGAAAUUUAAAUAUUUAUAAAGAUAGAAGACAAUUAUUGUGAUACUAUAUCGUUUCUGCUGGUGGGCUAAGACAGUGGUCUCGGUGAAUAAAUGCGACAAUGGCUAAAGUGUCACGAUAUCCGGAAGUGAUAGACCACAAAAUGGAACCGCCACCAAACUAUUCCGAUAUAGACAAAUCACCACAUGUUGAUCAGAGCAUGUUAAACCUAGACGAGAAAAUAAGAUCAACUCUUUAUGAGCUUGAAGGUGCUAAACAUGAUAUUGGUAAAGCUAAAUCAGUCAAUAAAAAUUUGGAGAAAAAGAUUGAUGAAGCUAUAAAAGACAGGGAUUCUCUACGCCAGAAAAUAGAUUCACUCAAAGUGAAACUGGGAAUGUCCAAUGCAAGUCUGAACAAAAGUAACGAUGAAAAGGAAACACUGAGCACAAACCUGAAUGAAUCACAGGUUCUAGUAGCUCGAUUAGAGGAGAGACUGUCAGCGUUAAGUACUGAUUUAGACAGAAUGAGAGAUCCUGCAAACCCAGAGAGUAACAUGAGCAUUCGGAAACAUAUCAUUAAUGACAAAAAAGAAAUCAAGAAGUUGAAAGUGGAGGCUGAAAAUGAAAGAACUAGUCUUGAACAGGACAUUGAAACGGCAAAAGCUAAAGAUGGAGAAAUUAAAGCAUUAGAAAAAGAGCUGGCGAAGACAAAGGAUAUGUUAUCUAUGUGUGAAAAUGAAAGGAUAGAAGUCUUCCAGCAAGAAGAGGAAGAACGAAGACUGAAGGAAGAGAUGGUGCAAGGGUAUAAACUACUCAAAGCCGACAGAAAAACUUAUGAACAAAGACUAAAGGAAGCUAGAGUGAAACUUGGUGUAAAAACGUCCGGAAAGAAUGUUAAUGUAAAAGUGAUGGGUGAUAUGAAAACACGUGAAAAAGACUUAACAAAACAGCUAAAUCAGUUUGAAAGGAAACUUAAAGUGGCAAUGGGGGACUUAGAUAUACUAAAGAACCAACAUAAAAUGAGUAAGACAGCGAUGUCUAUAAAUAAAUACACAAAAAGAGCCCAAAAAGGUGACCAGGAGACAGUAAGCAUGGCACAAAGUGGACCUGGCCCCGUUAAAUUCGCGACAAAGGUAAAGAAAAGUCAACCGGAGCAAGGAACAUUGACUAACCGAUCAAGAUUGUCAGAACCAGAAAGGUCCAGGGCGAAAGGUGGAGACACAGACAGGUCAAGCAAUGCAUCAUUACCACAAAAGAACAAAGGGUCACUCUCUCGAAGAGAACGACAAGCGACUGUGACAAAACAGACAAAUGUUGGAAAAGAGGACAGAAAAAAAUCUGUCCAGUUUGUACCACCACCUAAAGCAAAGCUGAAAGGAAACGGUACAUGAAAAAAGUGAUGUUUCUUUUCAUCAAAAAAUCAUUUUGUUCCUGACACCAUUAUCAAUGAAUGUAGAAACAACACGAAUAGUUUGUUAAAAAUGUGUACAUGUAAAGAUGUUCUGUUCAUUCUUUUAACAUUGUAAAUAUCCAUAAAUACGUUUGAAUCGCUUAUAUAAAUAUGCUGUAACAAAAUUCUGAUCUAGCAGUUGAUAAUAAAAGGAUUAAACAUAUAUGUAAUUUCAAAGUCUGUCAACCUGUUUACAUUCCCUGUCCAAUCUUUUUGAAGUGAAUUAUUCACAUUCAAUAAACAAUACAAUAAUGUAAAUAUGUUUUUGAAUGAAAAUGGUGUUAUGAGAACAAUGUCCAUACAUAUCAACGUAUUAAGCUAAAGAUUUAUAAAAAAUACUAAAUCUUCAUUUUGUUCUGUCAUUGUUAAACUAGCACAGAUCUAUGGACAGCUCAGCAAAAUUUUACCCCUUUUAAAUCGUUGUAAAAUUUA